AUGCCUCGGACCGUGCCUCAGUAUCACCCAGACGUGUCCCAAGCCUCAGGUUCGGGCCGAACCUUCCAGGCCAUAGUGGCGGCGUACGAGGUGUUGUCAGACGACCAGCAGCGCCAUCUCUACGACCUUAGCAUCCAGCGCGCUGCUGCUUCGAGUCGCGCUGCUGGGAGUCGCGUGGCUGCUAGUCGCGGCGCUACAGUUGCUCGCGGAGCGUCGGUUCGUGUUGCUGGUGUUCCCGCCGGUCGCAGCUCCACGCGGCACUGGUCAUCCGUGUCAUCUGCCACGCCAGCACACGGAGCAUCUGCCAGCUUCGACCCUUUUGACAGGGCGUUCUCAGCCUCCGCUCGAGCCUCCGCUGAGCCUGGCCCAGGUUCGGCCCGAGCCUCAUCCUCGGAGUGCCCGAUCUUCUCGGCGUGGUACCUGCGGUGGCUGUUCCACGCGCGGUGGGCGCUGGCAGUGCAGCAGCGCGCACGGCGUGUUGCGGCGUUCAAAACCAGGAGCAGCGCCAUGAGCAGGGGAGCAUGGCGUGGUGAGCAUGAGGCACAGAAGCAUGGGGGGGAAGAGAGGAUGUGGAGACGCACUGAAGGAGACGAGUUCGACUGGCGUGCAGGGGAUGGUGCAGGGCAGGAGGCAGGCAGGAACAGAUGGAAGAGACCGGAGCAGGCUGGAUCAAAUGUACUGCUGGAACAGGGGGGGCUGUUGGAGGGAAAUGUGUGCAGUUCUGGAAGAGGAGGUGUUGCUGCUGCUGCUUCUGCUGCUGCCACUGGCGGUGCUGGCGUUGCGGCAGCAGCUGGGGGCGGUUUAGGAGGAGUGGAGCAAGGGGCAACCAUGGCAGGAGAGAAUGUUUUUGGAGGCAGUGGGCCACUGUGGGAUGAGCCUCCUUUGCAUCAUGCAGCGUCCUCUCCCGCCGCCGCCGCCGCUGCUGCUGCUGCUGCUGGUUCUGCCCCGAAUUUCAAAGCUUCAACGGUUCCUCUGGCUUCAUACGCCCUUUUCAUCCUCUCUUUCCUUCGCCACGCGCCCUCCUCUCUUCUCAACAUUCUCCUGUCCCCUUUGCAGCCCGAAUGGCGGGCUUCUUUCGGCCCAGACCUCAUUUUCAUCCUCGUUAGUGUCAUCCUCGACCAGGAGGAGGGCAGAGAGGGCGGGGAGGGCAAUAUGGGGGAGGACGACGGCUCUCCGUCAAUCGCGGCGGAAUUCGAGGGCUACGCGCGGGUUCUAGACGAGAUAAACGAGCGGAGGGAGAGGCUGGUGAAAGCGAGCCGCGAUGUGACUAUACAGAGCAAGAAGAUCAUCUUCGCCAUCCACAGAGCCACCACCCCUCGCGCCCUGGCAGCAGCAGCGCAGCAGCUGGCAUCACUACGGGCCCACCACAUGGCACAGGUGGCUCGCGAAUUGCAAGAAGAGGACUACUGGCGCUUCACACGCGCGUACACGUGGGGGCUGCAAGAGUAUGUGGAGGCGGCGUCUUUCUUGCACUUCCGCCAGACAGGCCGUCUGCUGACUUUGGCUGAGGUAAACGGUGCGUUUGAGGGAAUCGUGGACCGCGACGGCCGAACCUUCCACAUGCAUGCUGCUGACUAUGUGCUGGGGCUGGCAGAUCUGACUGGUGAAGUAAUGAGGCUAGCUGUGUCCAGCCGUGCUGCUGCUGCUGCUGCUGGUGCUGGUGAUGGUGCUGGUGAUGGUGCUGGUGGUGUUGCUGGUGGUGUUGCUGGCGCUGCUGGUGAUAAUGAGGGAUCCAAUCGAAAGGGUUCCAGCAGGCGAGGAAAGAGGCCUCGGGAGCAACCCGAGGCUCAACCAGAGCCUCGAGACACCGAACCUGCUGCUGCUGCUGCUGCUGCUGCCGAGCCUGCAAAAGAGGUCGAAGAAGAGGGGGGAGCAGUGGGGGUGGAUGCGGAUGCGUGUCGGUUGUUUAUGCAGCGUCUGUAUGCGGGGUUCAGUCUCCUUCCCAGGAGCAGCGAGGUGGGGAAGGAGAUGGGGAAGAAGAUGGAUGUCAUGACUACAGAGGUGGUCCAGCUAUAUGCGGGGUUCAGUCUCCUUCCCAGGAGCAGCGAGGUGGGGAAGAAGAUGGACGUCAUGCUGGCGAGCCUUAACAAGAUUGAGAACGGUGAGAGGGCGUGUGAAGGGGUUUCUGGGGAGGGGCGUGUUUGA